GGCUGGUGGUCUCCGUUAAGAAACGACAUCCUACAAACAAUAACAGCCAAUUUUUACACCAUCAUGAUAGUCAAAGCUAUAUCAACCAUGGGACGACCCGAUAAUACCCAGUGGGUCACACAAUACAAGCUUCAAUAUCAGCUGGACAUGCUAUCACCCUGGUAUACCUACCAAGACCCCCCGGGCACCGACAAGAUUUUCAGUGCCAAUAAAAACGGACGAUCCAGCAUAACCAACACAUUAGCUUUUCCUAUAGAAGCUAAAUCCAUCCGACUCAAUCCUGUAGCUUGGCAUAGUGGUAUAGCUUUGAAAUGGGAGAUUUUAGGC